GACCUGCCCUUCUUCCGCGUCUCGCGGGCGCGCGAGGCCGCCGCCUCGCGCGCCGCCGCCGCCGCGGGCCUGGGCCCGGCGGUGAGCUACCGCGAGCCGCCGGACAUCCUGGUUUCGGAGUUCGUGGCGAACGGCCGUGCUCUGACGGAGGACGCCCUGCGCAGCGCGGCCUCGGAGGGCCCCGGCAGCGCCCUCCUGGCGGCCGUCACGUCCGCCAUCCGCAGCCUGCACGCGCUCCCAGUGCCCGAGGAGCUCGUGGACUUCACGCGGGAGGCUGGCGACAUGGCUGCUGGCUGGGGAGGGCCUCACCUGGCGCUGUGGCUAGCGUACGCUGAGGAGCAGGGCUACGCUCGGCUGCCGCUGCUGUCAGGAGACCAUGAGAACGCAAGUUCAGAAUAA